UGGGAUUUCACUGAUUUGUGAAAGACGCGCGCUGGGAUUUUACAGAUUACAAAAACUUCAAAGACACAAAAAUUCCCUUAAAUACGAAUUUAAAGAUGUUCUCGCUUACUAAGCUAUUCCAAACUACAAAAUUCUUCAUUGGUCCAAGAAUUUCGGCAUCCUGUCAAAUUCAUUCAUCAAACGUAUUGUCAGUAUCUCUAGAAGAGAAAAUAGGACUUCCACCUCGCCCUAAAAAGCCAUUAACACCAUUUUUCCGCUAUCUCAGUGAAAAUAGAACAAAAUUACAAACUUCGAAUCCACAAUUGAAGCCAAUUGAAGUUGUAAAGUUGUGUGCUAAAAAUUAUGCCACAAUAGAUCCAUCUGUCAAGACAAAAUAUCAAGAUGAGUACAUCAAAGAUCAAGAGGAAUACAUUAGAAAGCGAACUGUUUAUGAUAAUAAACUUACAGACGAGCAAAAAUAUGAAAUUGCCAAUGCGAAGCAGGAGGUAGUUGAAAAGAAGGCUAGAAUCGAGUAUAGAAAGAGAUUGCGUGAGAACGACAAGCCAAAGAAGCCAUUGAGUGGAUUCUUAAGAUUUCUUAAAGUUGCUGCCGAGAAGUAUCCACGCGACGCUAAUCAGCAUUAUCGUGAAUGGCAGAAAGUUGUUGCCGAAAAAUGGAAUAGCAUGAGUGAUGCUGAACGAAAGACAUUCAAUGAUGCCGCACAACUCGAUUUUGUAAAGUACAAACAAGAAAUCACAAAAUGGGAACUGAAAAUGGUUCGUUUAGGUAACAUCGAUUUAGUUCGUGAGGAGGCACUGAUUGAACAUGAAAAUAGCCAAAAGCCAAAACGUCGUCAAUCAAAACCUGAUAAUAUCGAUGUGAAGGACGAGAUUAAUGUCAAAUUAUCAGAUGCUGAGAAGGACAAUACCACGGGUGAACAGUUUAGAGAUAUAAUAUCAAAGUACGAAGAACAUAAUAGUUCUGUUGCCGAAAAUAAUGAGAAAGAUGAGAAAAGUAAAAAAGUUAUUGAUAAGUUGAGAGAUUUAUUCAGAUUUUAA